AUGACAUUUAUAGAUCUCAUGAAUUGUGUUUUCCAGCCUUUCCUAGACCAAUUCGUCAUCGUGUGCAUUGAUGAUAUAUUAGUAAAUUCUAAGUUAGAACCUAAGCAUGAUGAGCAUUUGAGGAUAGUUGUACAUAUUCUUCGUGAGAAGAAGCUUUUUGCUAAGCUCAGUAAGUACGUGUUCUUGUUGAAAGAGGUUAUGUUUUUAGCUCAUGUGAUAUCUGCUGAGGAUAUCCGUGUGGAUCCAGAAAUGGUUAAAGCUAUCUUGGAUUGGAAGCAAUCGAAAAAUGCAUCAGAGAUUCAGAUUUUUCUUGGUUUGGUAGGAUAUUAUCAAAGGUUUGUUGAGGAUUUUUCCUUGAUAGCAAUCCCAUUGGUUAAGAUGUUAAGGAAGAACACUCCUUUUAAGUGA